GCAACAUUAAACUUCCAAGAACUAAACAGCCUAACUGCCAGUGAGAAUUCGAGUGAAUUUAUCUCUAAUAUGGGGAAAGAGAAGAUCCAUAUCAACCUUGUCAUCAUUGGUCAUGUUGACAGUGGGAAAUCAACCACUACUGGCCAUCUUGUUUAUAAAUGUGGUGGUGUUGACCCAAGAACUCUGGAGAAGUAUGAGAAGGCUGCAGCCCAGAUGGGGAAGGGUUCUUUCAAGUAUGCAUGGAUUCUGGAUAAACUUAAGGCUGAAAGAGAACGUGGCAUUACCAUUGAUAUUUCCUUGUUAAAGUUCAAUACUCAGAAGUAUGUGUUCACAAUAAUUGAUGCACCUGGUCACCGUGACUUCAUUAAGAACAUGAUUACAGGAACCUCACAGGCUGAUGCUGCUCUGCUGGUUGUCUCUGCAGCAAAGGGUGAGUUUGAGGCAGGUGUAUCCCGGAAUGGUCAGACAAGGGAGCAUGUUUUGCUUGCCUACACGCUAGGAGUUAAGCAGCUUGUAGUCUGUGUCAACAAAAUGGACCUCGCUGAACCACCUUUUAGCCAGAAACGUUAUGAGGAGGUAGUGAAAAAUGUAACUGUUUUUAUCAAGAAGGUUGGUUACGACCCUACUGCUGUACCCUUUGUUCCCCUGUCUGGUUGGGGUGGUGACAACAUGCUUGCACCUUCACAGAAGAUGUCUUGGUUUAAAGGAUGGAAAAUGAAGAGAAAAGAUGGCUUUUCAAGUGGGAAGACACUGUUGGAAGUGCUGGACUCCUUGUAUCCACCAGUGCGCACUGCCAACAAACCACUACGUCUACCACUUCAGGAUGUGUAUAAAAUUGGAGGAGUUGGAACAGUUCCUGUGGGCAAAAUUGAAACUGGAAUUCUGAAGCCUGGGAUGGUUCUGACCUUCUCACCAGCUAAGCUGACUGCAGAGGUUAAAUCUAUUGAGAUGCAUCAUCAGGGACUGCAGACAGCCUUGCCUGGCCACAAUGUGGGCUUCAACAUCAAGAAUGUGGCAGUCAAGAACUUAAGACGCGGAGAUGUAGCUGGUAAUGCCCAGCAAGACCCGCCAUCUGAUGUCAACAGUUUCAUUGCCCAGGUGAUUAUACUUAAUCAUCCUGGCAAAAUAAAGUCUGGUUACUCUCCAGUGUUGGACUGCCAUACCACCCACGUCACUUGUAGCUUUGCAGAGCUGCAGGAGAAGCUUGAUCGUCGCACAGGGAAGAAACUGGAAGACUUGCCUCCUUUCUUGGUCUCUGGAGAUGCUGCCACAGUCAAACUUGUUCCCAUCAAACCCCUCUGUGUAGAAAGCUUCUUUAGCUAUCCACCUUUAGGGCGGUUUGCUGCAAGAGACCUGAAGCAGACUGUUGCUGUUGGGGUGAUUAAGUCUGUGGAGAAGGUGAACCAAGCAAGAAGGACUGCACAAAAAGUUCAAGUAUCAAAAUGAGUUGAUCACUUAGAUUUUUUUUCUUACACCUUUAUUUACCAGUGGUCUGGUAUGUAAAAACCAUAAGAGGUUAAAAUUGAGUUUGUUUUUUGCGCAAAUUAUGUUGAGUUGCAAAGGAAGCUCCUGCUUUUAGUUAAGAUGGCCAAGGAAGCUUUUUGUCAUAAAUAAUUUAACUGGAGCACUAUUACUGAGGAAUUUUGUUGCUAGACUGCAAAAUAAAUGAUUUGUGUGCA